AUGGAGAGAGAGGAGGAGGGAGAAAGAGAAGAGGUGGAGAGAGAAGAAGAGGAGAGGAGAAGAGGUGGAGAGAGAGAGAGAAGAAAAGGAGAAGAGGGGGGGAAAGGGGGAUACAGUGAUAUCCUCACCAAGGUCUGAACUUUGGGGCUGGAUUUCCAUCUCUGGAUGAAGUGAUGAGAUGGAGGAGAGGAGAGAGUGAGACAGAGAUGAACACCAUAAGGGACGUGAAGAAUGCUGAGGAUGAGUGUGGAUUGUAUGUAAAAAGGAAUGAUUUACAGUUACACAAAUGAUCCUAGAACAAUUUAGAAACAAUUAAAUAAUCAAACUCAUAAUCAUUCAAAUGUAAGAGAUCUGACACUUCGAUUAUGCUCCUAUAUGGUGGAUAUAAAUGGAGUGGAUAUAUAACUAGUGGAUGUAGAAUACUGCCUCACAGCAAGAAUAUUAGAAAAAACGUAUGUGUGUGUGUAUUGAGAUGAUUGCUAAGCGACGCCAGAGGUGCAGCGGAUGAUAUUGUAGCUUCUAUUUCUGUCUUCCUGGUUCCCAAAGUUCAGACACACAGCAAGAGUAGUAUUCCCAUCCGACAGCACGCACACACACACACGCACACACACACACACACAUCCCAGUGUAGGUGAAACCAUUUCAUCCUUGAUGUGGUGGAGAGUGGUGGGGGUCUGUAGGUGUGGGAGGAUUUGGAUGGAGUGAUGGAGCGAGAGAGGGGUGGAGAGGAUGAGAGAUGAAGGGGUGAUUCAGACAGAGAGAGGGAGAGAGAGAGGUAGAGUAAGUGGUCCUUGUCCAUUACUGUUAGUUGCUGGGCUGCACAGAGAGAGAUUACAACCGCCCGCUGCUCAUAGGGAGAUAUAGUGUGUGUGUGUGCUUGUGUUCUGAACCCAAGUACAGUGCCUAGUGAAAGUCUACACACCCCUUGCACAGUUGUCACAUUUUGCUGCCUUAAAAUUAAAUCUAACAAUUUAUUUAAUUUGAUUUUUUUCCCUAUUGAUCUACACAACCUGCUCCACAUUUUCAAAGUGAAGGAAAAAUUAUAGAACAUUUUCAAAAUAAAAAACUAAUAAAAAACAAAGAUGUCUUGAUUGCGUAUGUCUUCUCACCCCAGAUACUUGGUGGAAACACCUUAGGCAGCAAUUACAGCUGUAAAUCAUUUUGAAGAAGAUUCUACCAACUCUGCACAACUUUUAGGGCAAUAUACUGUAUAUCCAUUGUUUUAGUCAAAAUUGCUCAAGCUCAGUGAACUGGGUUGGGAGUCAUUGAUGGACAGCAAUAUUCAAAGCUUGUCUCUGAUUUUCAAGCAGAUUUAAGUCAGGACUGAGACUGGACCCCUCAGGAACACUCUUGGAAAGCCAUUCUGGUGAGUCUUUUGCAUAAAAAUGUGUUUAUUGUCCCGCUGAAAAAUACAACUCUAUCCCAGGGUUCGGUAUUCAAAAGACCUGGGCUUUGCUCCUUUAAUAUUGAUUUUGAUCCUGACCAACACUCCAGUACAUAUGAGGUUGCAAUAAUACUAUGAAAUUGUGAAAAGGAUGAUAAUGCCCUUUUAUUGUAAGAGUUGUUUGAAAAGACUGCCUCAGAUUUAGCCUGUUAGGAUGGAUUGGGAUGGAGUUUUGGACUGCCUGGUGACAUCACAAAUAGUUUUUUAAAAAUGUUUUUGUCAUUUAGCAGACGCUCUUAUCCUUACAGGAGCAAUUAGGGUUAAGUGCCUUGCUCAAGGGCACAUCGACAGAUUUUUCACCCAGUCGGCUCGGGGAUUAGAACCAGCGACCUUUCGGUUACUGGCACAACGCUCUUAACCACUAAGCUACCUGCCGCCCAGGUAAGAGAGUUCCAAACCUCUCUGCCAAUAACAGCUAGUUUUCAGUUUCCCCCUCCUCAUUCAGACCACUCCCAGACAGUCCUAGCAAAAUUCUUGCUUUCGAAAUUGCUCUUUGCUAAGAAGCUAUUUUAGUUUAUAUUUUACAAUUUUCAUUGAAAACAAUCACAGUAAGGUACUUAAUUGUUACCUAGAAAGAAUUAGAUAUUUAAAUAAAAAUGGCUGCAUUGGACCUUUAAACCCGCAAUGCGCCUUUGAUACCCCUCUUUUAAAGUCACUGAGAUCUCUUCUUCUAGCCAUGGUAGCCAAAAUAAUAAUAAGCAACUGUGCCUUUUUAUACAUGACCCUAAGUAUGAUGGGAUGUUAUUUGCUUAAUUAACUCAGGAACCACACCUGUGUGAAAGCAUCUGAUUUCAAUAUACAGUGCAUUCACAAAGUAUUCAGACCCCUUGACUUUUUGUUAUGUUACAGCCUUAUUCUAAAAUUGAUUUUUUUUUUAUUAUCCUCAGCAAUCUACACACAAUACACCAUAAUGUCAAAGCGAAACAUGUUUUUCGAAAUGUUUGCAAAUGUAUAAAAUAAUAUAUUUAAAAAAUACCUUAAUUACAUAAGUAUUCAGACUCUCUGCUAUGAGACUGGAGUCCACCUAUGGUAAAUUCAAUUGACUGGACAUGAUUUGGAAAGGCACACACCUGUCUAUAUAAGGUUCCGCAGUUGACAGUGCACGUCAGAGCAAAAACCAAGCCAUGAGGUCGAAGGAAUUGUCCUUAGAGCUCUGAGACAGGAUUGUGUUGAGGCUAAGAUCUGGGGAAGGGUACCAAAAAAAUUCUGCAGCAUUGAAGGUCCCCAAGAACACAGUGGCCUCCAUCAUUCUUAAAUGGAAGAAGUUUGGAACCACCCAGACUCUUCCUAGAGCUAUUUUUAAUACAUUUGCAAAAAGUUAUAAAAACCAGUUUUUGGUUUGUCAUUAUGGGGUAUUGUGUGUAGAUCGAUGAAGGGAAAAAACAAUUUAAUCUAUUUUAAAAUAAGGCUGUAACGUAACAAAAUGUCGAAAAAGUCAAGGGGUCUGAAUACUUUCUGAAUGCACUGUACUUAACACGCAGUCCAUUCUGAUCUUUUUUCCACUAAUUGGUCUUUUGAGCAAUCACAUCAGAUAUUUUUCAGAGCUGAUCUGAUUGGUCAAAAUACCAAUUAGUGAAAAAAAGAUCAGAAUUGGGCUGCCUGUCUAAAUGCAGCCAGAGUAUACCUCAUUUACUGAAGUGUUUCCUUUAUUUUGGCAGUUACCUGUACUGUAUAUAAAAAACAGGAAAUCACGUUUUUGACUGCACUGGGCUUUUAAUUUAGAAACAUUUCUAUACUUGUUCUUUCACUUUGAAAAUGUGGAGCAGGUUGUGUAGAUCAGUAGGUAAAACAUUUCAUUUUAAACUUUUUGUUAUUACAUUUGAAGGCAGCAAAAUGUGACAACUGUGCAAGGGGUGUGUAGACUUUCACUAGGCACUGUAGCUCCAGUGUUGUUUGCAGAGUCAGAGAGAGAGGAACAGAGAGUGAGAGGGAGGGAAGAAGGGAGUGCAGAGGGUUGUGCAGAGAAAGAUUACAUAACGACAGAUUAAUCAUGAGAGAGAAAUAAUCUGAGAUUAGCACCCUGCCACCCAGAGAGAGAGAGAGAGAGAGAGAGAGAGGGAGGGACAGAGAGGAGGGACAGAAAGAGGGAAAGAUGGAGGGAGAAGAGAUGGAGGGAGAAAGAUGGAGAUUAGAGGUUGAGGAUGGGUUAUACACCUGACAGCUCUGCCCUCAGUUCAAAGGUCACAGGUGAAAUAUUUGGCUGGGAUACUGUUUAGUGUGUGUAAUCUGGGUGUACAUCCUAUGCUGUGUGUGUGUUAGCGUACCAAUGCCAGCAGAAUCCGUCUUUGAGGCUGAUGAGACUCCAUCGACUUUCAUUUUUCACCCAUCUAAAAAACUCUUUAGAAUUCUAUAGAACAGAUUAUGUUCACACAAUUUCUAUUUGGUGCAAAAUUGAAAAACAAUGUAACUGGGAAUCAGCAUGGCAUGCCCAUACGCCAAUAUUUCGCUAUAACGCCUUGUGAUCUGGAGAGCGGCCUUUUGCACCACCCCAAUGGUACAAAUGUGGAAUCCGUACCCAUGGACAGUAAUGGUUUGAGAACAUUCAAAAAUUUGAAAGACACAUACACAUUACCAGACAACUCCUGUUUCUAUAUUUACAACUUAGGUCAGCUAUGCUGGCCUAUGGAGUCCUUUGGGAAACCCAACUACCGAAACAUCCAAUGAUGGGAUUGAUAAAAACAUUAUCUGGGCCCCCAAAAGGACUGAUCUCUAUAAUACACUGCUCAAAAAAAUAAAGGGAACACUUAAACAACACAAUGUAACUCCAAGUCCAUCACACUUCUGUGAAAUCAAACUGUCCACUUAGGAAGCAACACUGAUUGACAAUACAUUUCACAUGCUGUUGUGCAAAUGGAAUAGACAACAGGUGGAAAUUAUAGGCAAUUAGCAAGACACCCCCAAUAAAGAAGUGGUUCUGCAGGUGGUGACCACAGACCACUUCUCAGUUCCUAUGCUUCCUGGCUGAUGUUUUGGUCACUUUUGAAUGCUGGCGGUGCUUUCACUCUAGUGGUAGCAUGAGACGGAGUCUACAACCCACACAAGUGGCUCAGGUAGUGCAGCUCAUCCAGGAUGGCACAUCAAUGCAAGCUGUGGCAAGAAGGUUUGCUGUGUCUAUCAGCGUAGUGUCCAGAGCAUGGAGGCGCUACCAGGAGACAGGCCAGUACAUCAGGAGACGUGGAGGAGGCCGUAGGAGGGCAACAACCCAGCAGCAGGACCACUACCUCCGCCUUUGUGCAAGGAGGAGCAGGAGGAGCACUGCCAGAGCCCUGCAAAAUGACCUCCAGCAGGCCACAAAUGUGCAUGUGUCUGCUCAAACGGUCAGAAACAGACUCCAUGAGGGUGGUAUGAGGGCCCGACGUCCACAGGUGGGGGUUGUGCUUACAGCCCAACACCGUGCAGGACGUUUGGCAUUUGCCAGAGAACACCAAGAUUGGCAAAUUCGCCACUGGCGCCCUGUGGUCUUCACAGAUGAAAGCAGGUUCACACUGAGCACGUGACAGACGUGACAGAGUCUGGAGACGCCGUGGAGAAUGUUCUGCUGCCUGCAACAUCCUCCAGCAUGACCGGUUUGGCGGUGGGUCAGUCAUGGUGUGGGGUGGCAUUUCUUUGGGGGACCGCACAGCCCUCCAUGUGCUCGCCAGAGGUAGCCUGACUGCCAUUAGGUACCGAGAUGAGAUCCUCAGACCCCUUGUGAGACCAUAUGCUGGUGCGGUUGGCCCUGGGUUCCUCCUAAUGCAAGACAAUGCUAGACCUCAUGUGGCUGGAGUGUGUCAGCAGUUCCUGCAAGACGAAGGCAUUGAUGCUAUGGACUGGCCCGCCCGUUCCCCAGACCUGAAUCCAAUUGAGCACAUCCGGGACAUAAUGUCUCGCUCCAUCCACCAAUGCCACGUUGCACCACAGACUGUCCAGGAGUUGGCGGAUGCUUUAGUCCAGGUCUGGGAGGAGAUCCCUCAGGAGACCAUCCGCCACCUCAUCAGGAGCAUGCCCAGGCGUUGUAGGGAGGUCAUACAGGCACGUGGAGGCCACACACACUACUGAGCCUCAUUUUGACUUGUUUUAAGGACAUUACAUCAAAGUUGGAUCAGCCUGUAGUGUGGUUUUCCACUUUAAUUUUGAGGGUGACUCCAAAUCCAGACCUCCAUGGCUUGAUAAAUUUGAUUUCCAUUGAUAAUUUGUGUGUGAUUUGGUUGUCAGCACAUUCAACUAUGUAAAGAAAAAAGUAUUUAAUAAGAUUAUUUCAUUCAUUCAGAUCUAGGAUGUGUUAUUUAAGUGUUCCCUUUAUUUUUUUGAGCAGUGUAUAUAACAACUUUUGGAAAGCUCAUAUUCUGAGCUAGCCAUUAAAAAAGUAUGGUCCACAGAUCUAAUUGAAUCUGAACCAUGCUUAAACUGAAACAGAAUAUGGAAAAAUAUGACCUUGGUAUCCCGUUGACCAUUGCUAGACAGCAAUUUUCAAGUCUUGCCAUAGAUUUAAGUCAAAACAGUAACUAGGCCACUCAUGAACAUUCAAUGUUAUCUUGGUAAACAACUCCAGUGUAUAUUUGGCCUUGUGUUUAAGGUUAUUGUCCUGCUGUAGGUGAAUUGGUCUCCCAGUGUCUGUUGGAAAGCAGACUGAACCAGGUUUUCCUUUAGGAUUUUGCCUGUGCUUAGCUCUAUUCCGUUUCUUUCCAUCCUAAAAAACCUCCUAGUCCUUGCUGAUGACAAGCAUACCCAUAGCAUGAAGCAGCCACCACCAUGCUUGAAUGUGUUGUUUGCCCCAAACAUAACGCUUUGUAUUUGUAUUAAUUUAUUUGCCACAUUUUUUGCAGUUUUACUUUAGUGCCUUAUUACAAACAAGAUGCAUGUUUUGGAAUAUUUUGAUUCUGUACAGGCUUCCAUUGGCCUCAUGGUAAAAUCCCUGAGCGGUUUCCUUCCUCUCCGGCAAAUGAGUUAGCAAGGACGCCUGUAUCUUUGUAGUGACUGGGUGUAUUGAUAUACCAUCCAAAGUGUAAUUAAUAACUUCACCAUGCUCAAAAGGAUGUACAAUGUCUGCUUUUUAAAAAAUGUUUACGCAUCUCCCAAUAGGUCUUUGUGGUUGAAUCUGUGUUUGAAAUUCACUGCUCGACUGAAGGAUCUUAAAGAUAAUGUAGAGGGUACAGAUAUGAGGUAGUCAUUCAAAAAUCAUGUUAAACACUAUUAUUGCACACAGAGUGAGUCCAUGCAACUUAUUAUGUGACUUGUGAAGACAUAUUUUACUCCUGAACUUAUUUAGGCUUGUCAUAACAAAGGGAUACUGGUGUAUCAAUACUUAUUGACUUAAGACAUUUCAGCUUUUCAUUUUUAUUAUUUUGUAAAAAAAAAUCUAAAAACAUAAUUCCACUUUGACAUUACGGGGUAUUGUGUGUAGUCCAGAAACACAAAUUCUCAACUGAAUCAAUUUUAAAUUCAGGCGGUAACACAACAAAAUGAGGAAAAAGUUAAAGGGUGUGCAUACUUUCUGAAGGCACUGUAAAUGCUUCUGGGGCAAAGUUACAACAUUCAUUUUGAAGUGCAUGAAUUUAAAUAUUCAAUACUUUCCAUCUAUUAUGUUACUUAACGAUGAUAGCCCCUUGAAUCUCUCAAUCAAUCAGAGAAGAUUACUGCUGAAAGGCAGCACUGCUGUGACUUUUUUUAAAUUCUAAGAUGGCAACCACCUCUCUCUGCCAUUUAACCAGCGGAUACAGUUACUAUUAGAAGUUAUAACAUUAGAAUUAAUUGUGCUAGUCAAGGAAGGCGGGGUGGGAAGCAUGGUUUCCGGGUGGAGAGGCAUGAUACGGGCGGGUGGAUAGGGACUGAGUGGGGAAUGGGUCAGGGUUCUUUGUAUGCAUUUAUUUGAUUGUUUUUGUACCUGUAACCCCCCCCCCCCCCCCCCCCUGUAAAAUAAAAAUUACAAAACUACAGUGGGGAAAAAAAGUAUUUAGUCAGUCACCAAUUGUGCAAGUUCCCCACUUAAAAAGAUGAGGCCUGUAAUUUUCAUCAUAGGUACACGUCAACUAUGACAGACAAAUUGAGGAAAAAAAAUCCUGAAAAUCACAUUGUAGGAUUUUUAAUGAAUUUAUUUGCAAAUUAUGGUGGAAAAUAAGUAUUUGGUCACCUACAAACAAGCAACAUUUCUGGCUCUCACAGACCUGUAACUUCUUCUUUAAGAGGCUCCUCUGUCCUCCACUCUUUACCUGUAUUAAUGGCACCUGUUUGAACUUGUUAUCAGUAUAAAAGACACCUGUCCACAACCUCAAACAGUCACACUCCAAACUCCACUAUGGCCAAGACCAAAGAGCUGUCAAAGGACACCAGAAACAAAAUUGUAGACCUGCACCAGGCUGGGAAGACUGAAUCUGCAAUAGGUAAGCAGCUUGGUUUGAAGAAAUCAACUGUGGGAGCAAUUAUUAGGAAAUGGAAGACAUACAAGACCACUGAUAAUCUCCCUCGAUCUGGGGCUCCACGCAAGAUCUCACCCCGUGGGGUCAAAAUGAUCACAAGAACGGUGAGCAAAAAUCCCAGAACCACACGGGGGGACCUAGUGAAUGACCUGCAGAGAGCUGGGACCAAAGUAACAAAGCCUACCAUCAGUAACACACUACGCCGCCAGGGACUCAAAUCCUGCAGUGCCAGACGUGUCCCCCUGCUUAAGCCAGUACAUGUCCAGGCCCGUCUGAAGUUUGCUAGAGUGCAUUUGGAUGAUCCAGAAGAGGAUUGGGAGAAUGUCAUAUGGUCAGAUGAAACCAAAAUAUAACUUUUUGGUAAAAACUCAACUCAUUGUGUUUGGAGGACAAAGAAUGCUGAGUUGCAUCCAAAGAACACCAUACCUACUGUGAAGCAUGGGGGUGGAAACAUCAUGCUUUGGGGAUAUUUUUCUGCAAAGGGACCAGGACGACUGAUCCGUGUAAAGGAAAGAAUGAAUGGGGCCAUGUAUCGUGAGAUUUUGAGUGAAAACCUCCUUCCAUCAGCAAGGGCAUUGAAGAUGAAACGUGGCUGGGUCUUUCAGCAUGACAAUGAUCCCAAACACACCGCCCGGGCAACGAAGGAAUGGCUUCGUAAGAAGCAUUUCAAGGUCCUGGAGUGGCCUAGCCAGUCUCCAGAUCUCAACCCCAUAGAAAAUCUUUGGAGGGAGUUGAAAGUCCGUGUUGCCCAGCGACAGCCCCAAAACAUCACUGCUCUAGAGGAGAUCUGCAUGGAGGAAUGGGCCAAAAUACCAGCAACAGUGUGCGAAAACCUUGUGAAGACUUACAGAAAACGUUUGAACUGUGUCAUUGCCAACAAAGGGUAUAUAACAAAGUAUUGAGAAACUUUUGUUAUUGACCAAAUACUUAUUUCCUACAAUGUGAUUUUCUGGAGAAAAAAAAUCUCAUUUGGUCUGUCAUAGUUGACGUGUACCUAUGAUGAAAAUUACAGGCCUCUCUCAUCUUUUUAAGUGGGAGAACUUGCACAAUUGGUGGCUGACUAAAUACUUUUUCCCCCCACUGUAAAUAAAAAGUUGGUCACAAAAAAAGAACAGUUUACGUUAUAUGUAUACCGUAUGUUUGGUUUGACCUCUGUGCGAUCAGGUCAGUCCACAUGAAUGGAACAUUUUAACUACAUACAGUGAGGGAAAAAAGUAUUUGAUCCCCUGCUGAUUUUGUAUGUUUGCCCAAUGACAAAGACAUGAUCAGUCUUUAAUUUUAAUGGUAGAUUUAUUUGAACAGUGAGUGACAGAAUAACAACAAAAAAAUCCAGAAAAAACGCAUGUCAAAAAUGUUAUACAUUGAUUUGCAUUUUAAUGAGGGAAAUAAGAAUUUGACCCUCUGCAAAACAUGAUUUAGUACUUGGUGGCAAAACCCUUGUCGCAAUCACAGAGGUCAGAUGUUUCUUGUAGUUGUCCACCAGAUUUGCACACAUCUCAGGAGGGAUUUUGUUCCACUCCUCUUUGCAGAUCUUCUCCAAGUCAUUAAGGUUUUGAGGCUGACGUUUGGCAACUCGAACCUUCAGCUCCCUCCACAGAUUUUCUAUGGGAUUAAGGUCUGGAGUCAGGCUAGGCCACUCCAGGACCUUAAUGUGCUUCUUCUUGAGCCACUCCUUUGUUGCCUUGGCCGUGUGUUUUGGGUCAUUGUCAUGCUGGAAUACCCAUCCACGACCCAUUUUCAAUGCCAUGGCUGAGGGAAGGAGGUUCUCACCCAAGAUUUGACGGUACAUGGCCCCAUCCAUCGUCCCUUUGAUGCAGUGAAGUUGUCCUGUCCCCUUAGCAGAACAACACCUCCAAAGCAUAAUGUUUCAACCUCCAUGUUUGACGGUGGGGAUGGUGUUCUUGGGGUCAUAGGCAGCAUUCCUCCUCCUCCAAACACAGCGAGUUGAGUUGAUGCCAAAGAGCUCGAUUUUGGUCUCAUCUGACCACAACACUUUCACCCAGUUCUCCUCUGAAUCAUUCAGAUGUUCAUUGGCAAACUUCAGACGGCCCUGUAUAUGUGGUUUCUUGAGCAGGGGGACCUUGCGGGCGCUGCAGGAUUUCAGUCCUUCACGGCGUAGUGUGUUACCAAUUGUUUUCUUGGUGACUAUGGUCCCAGCUGCCUUGAGAUCAUUGACAAGAUCCUCCCGUGUAGUUCUGGGCUGAUUCCUCACCGUUCCUAUGAUCAUUGCAACUCCAUGAGGUGAGAUCUUGCAUGGAGAUUGACAGGUCUUUUGUGUUUCUUCCAUUUGCGAAUAAUCGUGCCAACUGUUGUCAUCUUCUCACCAAGCUGCUUGGCGAUGGUCUUGUAGCCCAUUCUAGCCUUGUGUAGGUCUACAAUCUUGUCUCUGUCAUCCUUGGAGAGCUCUUAGGUCUUGGCCAUGGUGAAGAGUUUGGAAUCUGAUUGAUUGAUUGUUUCUGUGGACAGGUGUCUUUUAUACAGGUAACAAACUGAGAUUAGGAGCACUCCCAGAAAAAGAGUGUGCUCCUAAUCUCAGCUCGUUACCUGUAUAAAAGACACCUGGGAGCCAGACAUUUUUCUGAUUGAGAGGGUGUCAAAUACUUAUUUCCCUCAUUAAAAUGCAAAUAAAUUUAUAACAUUUUUUACAUGCGUUUUUCUGGAUUUUUUUGUUGUUAUUCUGUCUCUCACUGUUCAAAUAAACCUACCAUUAAAAUUAUAGACUGAUCAUUUCUUUGUCAGUGGGCAACCGUACAAAAUCAGCAGGGGAUCAAAUACUUUUUUCCCCUCACUGUAGCUAGAGCGCAUCAGACUAUGCUGGAAAGUCAGACUAAUAGGCUACACACACACACACACACACACACACACACACACACACAAACAAACACACACACGCACGCACGCACGACACAGACAGAAUGCCCAGUGUACACAAAGAGUGAGAAUAAACACACACACCCAAAGAGCAUGCCCACAAAACACGACACAACACUGUCAAUUGCAGGAGGAGGAGAGAGGGGAGAGGGAACAGAGAACAGAGAGGAGAGGGGAGGAUACACGUGUUUUUGCGUCUUACCUUGACGUCAGCCUUCUUGUUGAGGAGACUCUUGGCUGCAAAGGAGAUUGAGAACACACUCUCAGAGGGUAAAGUACUCAUCAUACACACUCUUUUACUCAAACACACCUCAAACAUACACACGCACGAGUGUCGAUACCUAUCUUACUCCUAGCUAGCUAACACACACACACUGAACUCUCAGUCUGCUAGCAUGCACACACACACCGAACCCUAACAUUUAUAAACACACACACACACAUUCUCACUGUGUGACAACAGCGACCUACUCUAUAAUGAAACUAUAUUUUAUACUCCCUCAAUACCCCUAUCCCCCACCCCCCCACCACACACACACACACACACACACACACACACACACACACAGGGGAUUAGGGGAGAAAAGGCAGGGGAAUAUGGAAUGGAGAAGCAGGUGUAUAAUAAUGGCUUUGUUAAUCUCCGAGGCAGGUGGGAUUAAUUCAGAUUAGGGGAUUCCACUCCGUGAAUAUAAUACAGGAAUAUAAUACAGUACGGAGCACCAUGCAAAUGAUGAUGAACGCACACUUUACUAGCUGCUAGAUCUCCACUAUUGUCUAAGCUUAAUGUGCUCAGCCGGUAAUACACUCCUGUCCCCCGGUGACCGGUUUGUACAUAAAACAUCCUCCAUUCAGGCUGCAAAGGCAUCGGUUUCCUCCUUAACUAGCUUUAAUGGUGCGCCGCUGGCAAAAUUAUUUUGUUAAAAUAUGCGUACUCUCUUAAUAAAACACAAUUUUCCACCACCUUGCUAGAGUGGGUAAUGGUACUUCCUGACGUUGCGCCCCGCGGUCAGCCAGGGGUAAACAACAGACUGCUGCAACCUGAUUGCCUGAACACUGUGUGCAACAUCCGGAAGUCGUCCGAAGAUCAGGAAAUGGUGGUGGAAAAUGGUGUUAUACAGUUGAAGUCGGAAGUUUACAUACACCUUAGCCAAAUACAUUUAAACUCAGUUUUUCACAAUUCCUGACAUUUAAUCCUAGUAAAAAUUCCCUGUCUUAGGUCAGUUAGGAUCACCACUUUAUUUUAAGAAUGUGAAAUGUCAGAAUAAUAGUAGAGAGAAUGAUUUAUUUCAGCUUUUAUUUAUUUCAUCACAUUCCCAGUGGGUCAGAAGUUUACAUACACUCAAUUAGUAUUUGGUAGCAUUGACUUUAAAUUGUUUAACUUGGGUCAAACGUUUCGGGUAGCCUUCCACAAGCUUCCCACAAUAAGUUGGGUGAAUUUUGGCCCAUUCCUCCUGACAGAGCUGGUGUAACUGAGUCAGGUUUGUAGGCCUCCUUGCUCGCACACGCUUUUUCAGUUCUGCCCACACAUUUUCUAUAGGAUUGAGGUCAGGGCUUUGUGAUGGCCACUCCAAUACCUUAACUUUGUUGUCCUUAAGCCAUUUUGCCACAACUUUGGAAGUAUGCUUGGGGUCAUUGUCCAUUUGGAAGACCCAUUUGCGACCAAGCUUUAACUUCCUGACUGAUGUCUUGAGAUGUUGCUUCAAUAUAUCCACAUAAUUUUCCUUCCUCAUGAUGCCAUCUAUUUUGUGAAGUGCACCAGUCACUCCUGCAGCAAAGCACCCCCACAGCAUGAUGCUGCCACCCCCGUGCUUCACGGUUGGGAUGGUGUUCUUCGGCUUGCAAGAACCCCCUUUUUACUCUAAACAUAACGAUGGUCAUUAUGGCCAAACAGUUCUAUUUUUGUUUAAUCAGACCAGAGGACAUUUCUCCAAAAAGUACUAUCUUUGUCCCCAUGUGCAGUUGCAAACCGUAGUCUGGCUUUUUUAUGGCGGGUUUUUGAAGCAGUGGCUUCUUCCUUGCUGAGCGGCCUUUCAGGUUAUGUCGAUAUAGGACUCGUUUUACUGUGGAUAUAGAUACUUUUGUACCUCUUUCCUCCAGCAUCUUCACAAGGUCCUUUGCUGUUGUUCUGGGAUUGAUUUGCACUUUUCGCACCAAAGUAUGUUAAUCUCUAGGAGACAGAAAACAUCUCCUUCCUGAGCGUUAUGACGGCUGCGUGGUCACAUGGUGUUUAUCCUUGAAUACUAUUGUUUGUACAGAUGAACGUGGUACCUUCAGGCGUUUGGAAAUUGCUCGCCAGGAUGAAUCAGACUUGUGGAGGUCUACAAUUCUUUUUCUGAGGUCUUGGCUGAUUUCUUUUGAUUUUCCCAUGAUGUCAAGCAAAGAGGCACUGAGUUUGAAGGUAGGCCUUGAAAUACAUCCACAGGUACACCUCCAAUUGACUCAGAAAUGUCAAUUAGCCUAUCAGAAGCUUCUAAAGCCAUGACAUCAUUUUCUGGAAUUUUCCAAGCUGUUUAAAAGGCACAGUCAACUUAGUGUAUGUAAACUUCUGACCCACUGGAAUUGUGAUACAGUGAAUUAUAAGUGAAAUAAUCUGUCUGUAAACAAUUGUUGGAAAAAUUACUUAUGUUAUGCACAAAGUAGAUGUCCUAACCGACUUGCCAAAACUAUAGUUUGUUAAUAAGACAUUUGUGGAGUGGUUGAAAAAAUGAGUUUUAAUGACACCAGCCUAAGUGUAAGUAAACUUCCGACUUCAACUGUAUUAAGAGAGUAUGCAUAUUUAACUCGUUUUUUUUCCCAGCGGCACGCCAUUAAAGCUAGUUAAGGUGGAAACCGAUGCCUUUGCAGCCUGAAUGGAGGAUGUUUUAUGUAAGAACCGGUCACCGGGGGACACGAGUGUAUUUUCCAGCUGAGCACAUUAAGCCUAGAUGAGAUCUUGCACCCACUAGAGGCUACCACUUUACAUUACAGUAGGAUCAUACACAUAUGCACGCACACAUAGAUACUCAUUAGUGCUUGCAUUUCUUUAAGGAAGGUUUAUUAAUCUUUCUGUAGUCUCUCUCUCUCUCUCUCUGAAAGUAUUCAGACCCCUUGACCCCCACAUUUUGUUAGGUUACGGCCUUAUUCUAAAAUUGAUUGAAUAGUUCCCCCCCAAUCUACACACAAUACCCCAUAAUUAUUAAACAAAAACAGUAAAAAAAAAGAAAGAACAGAAAUAUCACAUUUACAUAAGUAUUCAGACCCUUCACUCAGUACUUUGUUGAAGCACCUUUGGCAGCGAUUACAGCCUCGAGUCUUCGUGGGUAUGACGCUACAAGCUUGGCACACCUGUAUUUGGGGAGUUUCUCCCAUUCGUAACUGCAGAUCCUCUCAAGCUCUGUCAGGGUGGAUGGGGAGAGUUGCUGCACAGCUAUUUUCAGGUCUCUCCAGAGAUGUUAGAUCGGGUUCAAGUCUGAGCUCUGGCUGGGCCACUCAAGGACAUUCAGAUACUUGUCCCAGAGCCACUCUUGCGUUGUCUUGGCUGUGUGCUUAGGGUCGUUGUCCUGUUGGAAGGUGAACCUUCGCCCAGGUCUGAGGUCCUGAGCGCUCUGGAGCAGGUUUUCAUCAAGGAUCUCUCUGUACUUUGCUCCGUUCAUCUUUGCCUCGAUCCUGACUAGUUUCCCAGUCCCUGCCGCUGAAAAACAUCCCCACAGCAUGAUGCUGCCAACACCAUGCUUCCCCAUAGGGAUGGUGCCAGGUUUCCUCCAGACGUGACACUUGGCAUUCAGGCCAAAGAGUUCUUGGUUUCAUCAGACCAGAGAAUCUUGUUUUUCAUGGUCUGAGAUUCUUUAGGUGCCUUUUGGCAAACUCCAAGCGGGCUGUCACAGGCCUUUUACUGAGGAAUGGCUUCUGUCUGGUCACUCUACCAUAAAGGCUUGAUUGGUGGAGUGCUGCAGAGAUGGUUGUCAUUCUGGAAGGUUCUCCCAUCUAAACAGAGGAAACUAUAGAGCUCUGUCAGAGUGACCAUCGGGUUCUUGGUCACCUCCCUGACCAAGACCCUUCUCCCCCGAUUGCUCAGUUUGGUCGGGAGGCCAGCUCUAGGAAGAGUCUUGGUGGUUCCAAACUUCUUCCAUUUAUGAAUGAUGGAGGCCACUGUGUUCUUGAGGACCUUCAAUGCUGCAGACAUUUUCUGCUACCCUUCCCCACAUCUGAUCCUCGACAAAUCCUGUCUCUGAGCUCUACGGACAAUUCCUUCGACCUCAUGGCUUGGUUUUUGCUCUGACAUGCACUGUCAACUGUGGGACCUUAAAUAGACAGGUGUGUGCCUUUCCAAAUCAUGUCCAAUCAAUUGAAUUUACCACAGGUGGACUCCAAUGAAGUUGUAGAAACAUCUCAAGGAUGAUCAAUGGAAACAGGAUGGACCACAGCUCAAUUUCGUGUCUCAUAGCAAAGGGUCUGAAAACGUAUCUAAAUAAGGUAUUUCUGUUUAGGAUUUUUUAUACAUUUGCUGAAAUUUCUAAAAACCUGUUUUCAUUUUGUCAUUAUCAGGUAUUGUGUGUAGACUGAUGAGGAAAAUGUUUUAUUUAAUCCAUUUUAGAAUAAGGCUGUAACGUAACAAAAUGUAGAAAAAGGGAAGGUGUCUUAAUACUUUCUGAAUGCACUGUAUAUACACACUAAGUGUACAAAACAUUAAGAACACUUGCUCUUUUCAUGACAUAGACUGACCAGGUGAAUCCAGGUGAAAGCUAUAAUAAUAAUAAUAAUAUGCUAUGAUCCCUUAUUGAUGUCACUUGUUAAAUCCACUUCAAUCAGUGUUUUUUAUAUUUGAGAUUCUUCAAAGUAGCCACCCUUUGACAGCUUGAUGACAGCUUUGCACACUCUUGGCAUUCUCUCAACCAGCUUCAUGAGGUAGUCACCUGGAAUGCAUUUAAAUUAACAGGUGUGCCUUGUUAAAAGUUAAUUUGUGGAAUUUCUUUCCUUCUUAAUGCGUUUGAGCCAAUCAGUUUGGUUGUGACAAGGUAGGGUUGGUAUACAGAAGAUAGCCCUAUUUGGUAAAAGACCAAGUCCAUAUUAUGGCAAGAACAGCUCAAAUAAGCAAAGAGAAAUGACAGUCCAUCAUUACUUUAAGACAUGAAGGUCAGUCAAUACGGAACAUUUCAAGAAUUUUGAAAGUUUCUUCAAGGCAGUCGCAAAAUCCAUCAAGUGCUAUGAUGAAACUGGCUCUCACAGGAAAGAAAGACCCAGAGUUACCUCUGCUGCAGAGGAUAAGUUCAUUAGAGUUAACUGCACCUCAGAUUGCAGCCCAUAUAAAUGCUUCACAGAGUUCAAGUAACAGACACAUCUCAACAUCAACUGUUCAGAGGGGACUGUGUGAAUCAGGCCUUCAUUUUUAUUUUACCUUUAUUUAACUAGGCAAGUCAGUUAAGAACAAAUUCUUAUUUACAAUGACGGCCUACACCGGCCAAACCCGGACGACGCUGGGCCAAUUGUGCGCCGCCCUAUGGGACUCCCAAUCACGGCCGGUUGUGAUACAGCCUGGAAUCGAACCAGGGGGUCUGUCGUGACGCCUCAAGCACUGAGAUGCAGUGCCUUAGACCGCUGUGCCACUCAGGAAUUGCUGCAAAGAAACCACUACUAAAGGACACCAAUAAUAAGAAGAGACUUGCUUGGGCCAGGAAACACGAGCAAUGGACAUUAGACCGGUGGAAAUCUGUCCUUUGGUCUGAUGAGUCCAAAUUUGAGAUUUUUGGUUCCAACCGCCGUGUCUUUGUGAGACGCAGAGUAGGUGAACGGAUGAUCUCCGCAUGUGUGGUUCCCACAGUGAAGCACGGAGGAGGACGUUUAAUGGUGUGGGGGUGCUUUGCUGGUGACACUGUCUGUGAUUUAUUUAGAAUUCAAGGCACUUAACCAGCAUGGCUACCACAGCAUUCUGCAGUGAUACGCAAUCCCAUCUGGUUUUGGCUUAGUGGGACUAUCAUUUGUUUUUCAACAGGACAUUGACCCAACACACCUCCAGGCUGUGUAAGGGCUAUUUUUUACCAAGAAGGAGAGUGAUGAGUGCUGCAUCAGAUGACCUGGCCUCCAAAAUUCCCCAACCUCAACGCAAUUGGGAUGGUUUGGGACGAGUCGGACCGCAGAGUGAAUGAAAAGCAGCCAACAGGUGCUCAGCAUAUGUGGGAACUCCUUCAAGACUGUUAGAAAAGCAUUCCUCAUGAAGCUGGUUGACAGAAUGCCAAGAGUGUGCAAAGCUGUCAUCAAGGCAAAGGGUGGCUACUUUGAAGAAUAUAAAAUCUAAAAUAUUUGUUGGUGUGUCCAAACUUUUGACUAUGUGUGUGUGUGUAUAUAUAUAUACACACAGUACCAGUCAAAAGUUUGGACACACCUUCUCAUUCAAGGGUUUUUCUAUAUUUGUACUAUUUUCUACAUUGUAGAAUAAUAGUGAAGACAUCAAAACUAUGAAAUAACACAUAUGGAAUCAUGUAGUAACCAAAUAAGUGUUAAACAAAUGAAGAUAUGUUAUAUUUUAGAGUCUUCAAAGUAGCCACCCUUUGCCUUGAUGAUAGCUUUGCACACUCUUGGCAUUCUCUCAACCAGCUUCAUCUGGAAUGCUUUUCCAACAGUCAUGAAGGAGUUCCCACAUAUGCUGAGGGUCACUGUCCUGUUGAAAAACAAAUGAUAGUCCCACUAAGCCAAAACCAGACAGGGUGGCGUAUCGCUGCAGAAUGCUGUGGUAGCCAUGCUGGUUAAGUGUGCCUUAAAUUCUAAAUAAAUCACAGACAGUGUCACCAGCAAAGCACCCCCACACCAUAACACCUCCUCCUCCAUGCUUUACAGUGGGAACUACACAUGCGGAGAUCAUCCGUUCACCCACACCGCGUCCCACAAAGACACGGCGGUUGGAACCAAAAAUCUCAAAUUUGGACUCCAGACCAAAGGACAAAUUUCCACCGGUCUAAUGCCCAUUGCUCAUGUUUCUUGGCCCAAGCAGGCCUCUUCUUAUUAUUGGUGUCCUUUACUACUGGUUUCUUUGCAGCAAUUCGACCAUGAAGGCCUGAUUCACCGGGACCACCCAUACACAAAAAAUGUAUGCAUGCUUUGGAUAAAAGCGUCUGCUAAAUGGCAUAUUAUUAUUAUUAUUAUUAUUCACACAGUCCCCUCUGAACAGUUGAUGUUGAGAUGUGUCUGUGACUAACUUUGUGAAGCAUAUAUUUGGGCUGCAAUUUCUGAGGCUGGUAACUCUAAUUAACUUAUCCUCUGCAGCAGAGGUAACUCUGGGUCUUCCAUUCCUGUGGCGGUCCUCAUGAGAGCCAGUUUCAUCAUAGCGCUUGAUGGUUUUUGCGACCGCACUUGAAGAAAAAAAAGUUUUUUAAAUGUCCCGUAUUGACUGACCUUCAUGUCUUAAAGUACUGAUGGACUGUCGUUUCUCGUUGCUUAUUUGAGCUGGUCUUUUACCAACUACGGCUAUCUUCUGUAUACCACCCUACCUUGUCACAACACAACUGAUUGGCUCAAACGCAUUAAGAAGGAAAGAAAUUCCACAAAUUAACUUUUAACAAGGCACACCUGUUAAUUGAAAUGCAUUCCAGGUGACUACCUCAUGAAGUUGGUUGAGAGAAUGCCAAGAGUGUGCAAAACUGUCAUCAAGGCGAAGGGUGGCUAUUUGAAGAAUCUCAAAUAUAAAACAUAUUUAGAUUUGUUUAACACUUUUUUGGUUACUACAUAAUUCCAUAUGUGUUAUUCAAUAGUUGAUGUCUUAUUAUUCUACAAUGUAGAACAUUGUAAAAAUAAAGAAAAACCCUUAAAUGAGUAGGUGUGUCCAAACUUUUGACUGGUAGUAUAUAUAUAUAUAUAUAUAUAUAUAUAUAUAUAUAUAUAUAUAUAUAUACAUAUAUACACACACACACAGGUAACUGCCAAAAUAAAGGAAACACAAAUAUAAAGGAUUUUUUAAUAGGGCGUUGGGUCACCACGAGCCGCCAGAAACGCUUUCAUGUGCCUUGGCAUAGAUUCUACAAGCCUGGAACUCUAUUGGAGGGAUGUGACACCAUUCUUCCACAAGAAAUUCCAUCAUUUGGUGUUUUGUUGAUGAUGGUGGAAAACGUUGUCUCAAGUGCCGGCCCAGAAUCUCCCAUAAGUUUUCAAUUGGAUUGAGAUCUGGUGACUGACAUACUGACUGACUUUACACCCCCUAUGCUCCUUUGACACCCUUCUUUCAAAGUCAAUCUCUUCUUCUAACCAUGGUAGCCAAAAUAAUGGGCAACUGGGCAUUUUUAUACAUGACCCUCAGCAUGAUGGGAUGUGAAUUACUUAAUUAACUCAGGAACCACACGUGUGGAAGAACCUGCUUUCAAUAUACUUUGUAUCCGUCAUUUACUCAAGCGUAAAGUUUAGUUUGGCAGUUACCUGUAUUUAUGACACACAGCAAACACACCUCAUACACCUAACCCACUGCUCAUGAGGGAGGGAACAAAAGGCAGAAAAAGAAAGACAGAAAACGACUCCAAAGAUACAAAAGACUAAAGCAUGGUAGAGAGAGAGUGGCUGGGUGUGAGGGAGGGAGGUAGAGAGUGGGUGGGUGAGUGAGUGGGAGAGUGGGUGGGUGGGUGGGUGGGAGGGAGAGAGUGGGUGGGAGAGUGGGAGAGUGGGAGAGUGGGUGGGUGGGUGGGUGGGAGGGAGGGAGGUUGAGAGAGAGUGGCUGGGUGUGAGGGAGGGAGGUAGAGAGUGGGUGGGUGGGUGGGUGGGUGGGUGAGUGGGAGAGUGGGUGGGUGGGAGGGAGGGAGGUAGAGAGCGGGUGGGUGAGUGGGAGAGUGGGAGAGUGGGUGGGUGGGAGGGAGGGAGGGAGGAUGUGGAGAUGGACAUGCCUUAUUCAUUAGAGGGGAGGGAUGAUAGCGAGGCAGUGGAGGAGAGGAAGAACACGAGAAGUGCAAAAGGGUAGGAUGAGGAAGGGAGUGUGAGGGAGAGGAGCGAAGAAGAAGAGAGGAGAAAAGGUAUAAAUGUGGAGGAGGAGGUAUAGAAGCGAGUGGUGGAGGGAGGAGAGGAAGAGGAUACCUUGCUCCACUAUCCCAGCGGUAGUUUCAGACACAGUAGUGAUUGAUGCAGGAGAUGUAGACUGUCUACCAACUGAUGCAGAGAUAGAAAUAGAGGAAGACAGAGAGCAAGUGAAAGCAAAUAACAGAAAAGGGGAAAGGAGCGAGGGAGGAGAAGAGAGGAGUGUGUUAGUGUGAAGAGGAGGACAGAUUGAAGUCACAUUAGGUCCAAGGUAAGUCAAGCGUCUCAGAGUAGGAGUGCUGAUCUAGGAUCAGGUCCCCCCCUGUCCAUUCAUUAUAAUCUAAAAGGCAAAACGGAUAUCAGAUCAGCACUCCUACUCUGAGACACUUAAUGAAUAAGGGCCAAGAGUCGAGUCACAAGUCUCACUCCCCUCUUACCUGGGUCGGCAAACACAGUGUGAGUGCAGAGGAAGUGACAAAUGGAAAACAUUUCUUAUAGGGAUAGUUCAACCAAAUUACACAUAGGUUUCCUUACCCUGUAAACAGUCUAUGUACAAGGUAUGACAGAAAUCCAUGCUUUGGUUUACUUUCCCUGGCAGUGGCUGGCACUCCUCUCUUCAAGUCAGAGACUGUUCUCUGACUUGAAGUCUAGAACCAACAGGACCUUGAACAGCUUCUACCCCCAAGCCAUAAGACUGCUAAAUAGUUAGUUAAAUAGUUAACCAAAUAGCUACCCAGACUAUCUGCAUUCAACCUUUUUGCACUAACUUUUUUGACUCAUCACAUACGUUGCUGCUACUGUUUACUAUAUGUCACUUUAUUCCUAGUUAUAUGUACAUAUCUACACUAUAUGGCAAACAGUAUAUGAACAUCUCAUUCCACUCUUCUAGGAAGGCUUUUCACUAGAUAUUGGAACAUUACUGCUGGAACUUGCUUCCAUUCAGCCACAAGAGCAUUAGUGAAGUCGGGCACUGAUGUUGGGCGAUUAGGCCUGGCUCGCAGUCGGCGUUCCAAUUCAUCCCAAAGGUGUUCAUUGGGGUUGAGGUCAGGGCUCUGUGCAGGCCGGUCAAGUUCUUCCACACCGAUCUCGACAAACGAUUUCUGUAUGGACCUCGCUUUGUGCAUGGGGGCAUUGUCAUGCUGAAACAGGAAAGGGCCUUGCCACAAAGAUGGAAGCAAAGAAUCAUCUAGAAUGUCAUUGAAUACUAUAGCAUUAAGAUUUCCCUUCACUGGAACUAAGGGGCCUAGACGAAGCAUGAAAAACAGCCCCAGACCAUUAUUCCUCCUCCACCAAACUUUACAGUUGGCACUAUGCAUUUGGGCAGGUAGCGUUCUCCUGGCAUCCGCCAAACCCAGAUUCGUUCGUCGGACUGCCAGAUUGUGAAGUGUGAUUCAUCUCUCUAGAGAACGUGUUUACACUGCUCCAGAGUCCAAUGGUGGCGAGCCGAAUCCACUAAUUUGAAGUUGUGUCCACAUACCUCAAUUACCUCAUACCCUUGCACAUUGACUCGGUACUGGUACCCUUUUGUAUAUAGUAGCCAAGUUAUCGUUACUCAUUGUGUAUCUAUUAUUACGUGUUUUACUUUUCUAAUAUUUCUCUAUUUUCUUUCUCUCUGCAUUGUUGGGAAGGGCCGGUAAGUAAGCAUUUCACUGUUAGUCCACACCACAAAUUUGAUUUGUUUCUAAAUGCUAACGUUUUAUAUUUGUGGAACAAAUCCCACUCAAGUCAUGGGACUGAUAUUAGCAUUUCUCGCACAUCAUGGUCAAAUAAUCUAUAAGUGACUUUGGUGAGCUUCACAAUCAAUUUUAGAUACUUUCGGAUUAUUUCGACAUAAUGCGUAAAACAUGCUAAUAUCCGUUCCAUGAGUUGAAUUGCAUUUGUGCCACAAAUGCUAAAAUGUUAGCAUUUGGAAACAGUGCCUGGGAAACUAAACCAAAACAUGGAUUGCUGUCAUACCUUUUCCAUAGACUGCUUACAGGGUAAGGAAACCACUAUGUAAUUUUGUAAUUUGGGUGAACUAUCCCUUUAAAGUUUAAACGGCCAUAGGUUUUCUGUUAAAGCGAAAAUAAACAUUCCUAAAAUUCCACAAUUGCUAUUGCGCUCAAUUAACUUCUAUUUACGACAGUCAUAAAGUAGGCUUUCGUGUGAACUUGUCUAAUGUCUGUUGUUGGGGGCCUGCGCUGCUGCCAGGAUUUGUUUGGGUCUCACGGUGCGUCCCUUUCAGAUAGUUAAGAAUUGCACCUGUACUACCAUUACUGUACUUCAAUUCCACCACCUUCUCAUUUAACUUCUUAAAGUAUUGCCAUGUAGGACUUCACUGCUGUCAUUUGCCUUUCUCUGUCUUUUUUCCAACUGUUAACGACAAUGACGUAGUGGUGGAGAGUCGACUCCAAAAUAAUAGAUUCCCCGACUUCUUGCACAUCGACUCCAGGUGUCAACUCCCAUUUCUGAGUGACUCAUCGACUCCUAAGAUUCAGUGUUUUUGGAACGGAGGACACUGAUUAGUUGCUGUACUUCCAAGAACACGAACACUUGCAUAGCGAGCUAGCGAUGGACGGAGAGAGGAGUAUAGGCAGGUCGGCCACUAGGCAGACAGAUUCAGAACUGUUCAAUCGGUAAUCAAAAGCUGUACCUUGCAAUGGAAUGCUGUAUCUUGCAAUGUCUGGCAACUUCAGUAAAGCAGGAACCAUCUUCAAUGAAUAGGCUAGGAUAUUCUACACGCAACAGACCAAAGAAUGAACACGAACGCGUAUCAUUAGCAAAGAGAAAAAGUAGGCGAGCCAACGUGAGGGAGAGAGAGGAGGGGGCAGGCAGAAAGAACUGUGCGCAUAUGUUUUGGGAAUCUGUAUCUCGCAAUGUCUUGUCUUGCAAUGCCUCGCAAAUUCACCAAAGUAACCUAAAGUUCGCCUUUUUGGUUUUAUUUAAAAUGGCACAACUUUCCCCAGGCCUUUAUAGCCUAUCGUCUAGUUAGGCUAUAACACGGCAAAGAACAUGUUUGGUGAUAACUGCACUGUGAUUUAAAUUGUGUGGGGAAAAAUUAAAUAUUAACUUUAAAGAUCCCUAUUUCAUUUAAACUUUUUAAAGUUUAAAAGUUCACACCCCUAAGUGGAAGAGCAACAUGUAAUGAUCCAUGCAGGUUACCAUUGUAGUCAAACUUAGUAAAUUGGAGGUGAAACUCAAUUUGUGAUAAUGAGAAAGAGAGGGUGUUUGUGUGGGUGUGUGUGUGACUGUAGCAUGCAUGCAUGCGCGGUUUGACGUUUAUUGUCAUGAAUCUUGCCCUGGAGGCAGAACUGAGCGAUUUCCGCUAGAUUGGCGAGCUACAAAGCAGAAAUUGGCUAUAUUGUAAAGAUUCAUGAAAACUUAAUUUAAGGUUAGGGUUAGGCAUUAGGGUUAGCAGUGUGGUUGGGGUUAAGGUUAGGUUUAGAAUCAGAUUGUAUGACUUUGUGGCUGUGCCAGCUAGUCACCACUCUGCAGAGAUGCCUCCAGUACACGAGUCAUCCCAAUAAAUGCCAACCUGCUGUGCAUGCGUGGAAGUGUUAAUGAAGACACACACAUUUACCGGAGAAAUUCCUCGUCACCAGCAUAGCAGUCAGGACUGCUCCCUAUGGACAGAGAGAGGAAGAGAGAUGGGGGGAGAGAGAGAGCGAAAGAGAGAUUAGGAGAGAGAGAGCGAGACGGGAAGAGAGAGAGGAAUAGAGAAAUAAAGAGACUGGGUGAGUGGUAGGUUACUAGGUUAGUGAGAAGGCUCACAUAUGUUUAAAGUGAAGGUAUUCCUGUGGAUUAUGAGAUUAUUAAGAGAGAGCAGACCUUGAGUUUCCUCCUGGCGUUGAACUUCUUCAGGCACUCCACUGUCUCCUGUCUGUGCAUCAUGGACGCCACCGUGGAGCGUUGCUGGAGAGAGAUAGAGAGAGAGAUAGACAAUGUCAAACAGAGAGGAAAAGUGUGUGUGUGUGUGUGUGUGUGUGUGUGUACUUACGGAGACCCAUGGGUGUUUGAGGGCCUCCUGGGCAGUUAUCCUCUUGGCAGGGUUAAUAGUCAACAUCUGGUUAAUCAGGUUCUUGGCUUCUGGAGUCACCGAGUCCCACUCUGGAGACGGAAACUACAUACACACAAACAUACACAUACACACACACACACACACACAUAUGCAAAAACACACACACAAACACAGACACACACACAGACACACACACAGACACACACACAGACACACACCCUCCCUUUUGUCAAACAGAUUGAUAGACAGAGGUGACAGAGUGUGUGUGUGCUUGUGAGUGUGCGCUUGCAUGUGAGUGUGUGUGUGUGUGUGUGUGUGUGUGUGUAUGUAAAACUCACGUCAUAGGCUCCUGCUUUGAUUUGCUGGUAGAGUUUGUGUUGGUCCUCAUCCCAAAAUGGAGGAUACCCCACUAGCAGGAUGUACAGGAUCACACCUAUACAUAAACACACACACACACACACACACACACACACACACACACACACACACACACACACACACACGUUGAGUGGUGAGAGGGGCAGGAGAUAUUGAAGAGAGAGGGUGAGAGAGAGAUGGAGAGAGGGAUAAGACAGAGAGAUAAUAAAGUGAUCUGUACUCACCACAGGCCCAAAUGUCUACAGGUUUACCAUAGGCCUCCUUCCUCAGUACCUCUGGAGAUAGGUAGCCUGGGGUACCUGCAAAACCUACACACACACACCGACACGCACAGAGUCAUUAAGCUGUAUUUUACUUUAGUCGUGUGCUGUGGAUGAUGUAUCACAUGAUGAUUGAGGUAGUCGAACAGAGCAGACCAAAUAACGCAACGAAACUGAUUCCACUGUAUGUCUUUUAUUUUGUUGAAAACCGUAACCAAAUACCAUAAUCAACAAUGUAAUUUUAAACUGAAAUACAUGUAUUUAACUGGAAUGGAAAGCUGAACUGGGAAGUCCUGCUGUACAAAUGGUAUUUUUUGACAGGUUAUUUGCUAUUUAUAUGUAAGCUUAGGCCUACUGUGUUUGUGUAUUUCGUUCUUUUUAUAUUUUGUAUUUGCAAUGUAAAUCAUGUUGUCUAACUGACUAUGAUGCAAUAAAGAAAGUAUUGUAAUUGGAUAGAUUCUAUUUGAUCUAACAUGACUUAUGACAUAACAAACGAGGGGGUUCCAGGAGUUCCAGGGGUUCCAGGAGUUCCAGGGGUUCUAGGGGUUCCAGGAGUUCCAGGAGUUCCAGGAGUUCUAUGGGUUCCAGGGGUUCUAGGGGUUCCAGGAGUUCCAGGAGAUCCAGGGGCUCUAGGGGUUCCAGGAGUUCCAGGAGUUCUAGGGGUUCCAGGGGUUCCAGGAGAUCUAGGGGUUCCAGGAGUUCUAUGGGUUCAAUGAGUUCCAGGGGUUCCAGGAGUUCUAGGGGAUCUAGGGGUUCCAGGAGUUCCAGGGGUUCCAGGGGUUCCAGGAGUUCUAGGGGAUCUAGGGGUUCCAGGAGUUCCAGGGGCUCUAGGGGUUCCAGGGGUUCCAGGAGUUCCAGGGGUUCCAGGAGUUCCAGGAGUUCUAGUUGUUCUAGGGGUUCCAGGAGUUCCAGGGGUUCCAACACCUGACAUUCUAUCAUCCUCCUGUCAUUCUGUUCUCUUGAGCAACCAUCGAUCAGCAGCUAAAACAUAAACUUUACAAGAUUUGUAAAGAAAAAAAAGAAGGACUUGCAAACAAACCAACGUGAACACCACAAGAAUGUAUGCUCCAUCAUACAUGGCUCCCAGCGGGCCCAGAAACCCCAGGGUCUCCCUGUAUGUUGGUGAUCUCCACCAAGAGGUCACUAGCGCGGUCUUAUUUUACAAGUUCAGGCCUAUCGGGGAUAUACACUCCAUCCCAGUGGAGGCUCCUCAGAGGAGGAAGGGGAGGACCAUCCUCCUCAGUGAAUUUCAUAAAAAUAUAAAUAGUGAAACAUAAAGAAAGUUAUCCUUUUUAGAUAAAACUAUACUAAAUAUAUUCACAUCACCAAAUAAUUAAUUAAAACACACUGUUUUGCAAUGAAGGUCUACAGUUGCCUCAACAGCACUCUGUAGUGUAGCACAAUGGUGUAGCUGGAGGACAGCUAGUUUCCGCCCUCCUCUGUGUACACUGACUUCAAUACAAAACCUAGUAGGCUCAUGGUUCUCACCCCCUUUCAUAGACUUACACAGUAAUUAUGACAACUUCCGGAGGACGUCCUCCAACCUAUCAGAGCUCUUGCAGCAUGAACUGACAUGUUGUCCACCCAAUCAAAGGAUCAGAGAAUUAAUCUAAUACUGAAAGCAUAAUCUACAGGUAGCUAGCACUACAGUACAUAAAAUGUGGUGAGUAGUUGACUCAAAGAGAGAGAAAGACAAUAGUUUUGAUCAAAUUUAUUUAUUUAUAAAUGAAGAAGGAGAAGCAAGAGAGAGAGAGAGAGCUAGCUAUAUUUGUAAACGUUUAUUAAUAGGCUAGGUUGUAGCAACCUCAUGAUGGGUAUAGGGAAAAUGAGAGUAUCAUGUAGUAGCGUAAAGCUAUCAUCUUAAAUGGCACCAACCACAACUGCUCCAUCCGGGUCGCUCGGAACAAAAUAAUCCUUUGUUCACUCGUAUACGGUUAUGUCAAAUAUGUUAUAAUUAACCCAACCGAUGCUGAGCGUGCCCUGAACAUGAUCAACUUUAUAACCAUCCAUGGAAGCCCCAUCCAUGGAAGCCCUACCCACUGGGCUCCCGAGUGGCGCAGCGGUCUAAGGCACUGCAUCUCAGUGCUUGAGGCGUCACUACAGACCCCCUGGUUCGAUUCCAAACUGUAUCACAACUGGCCGUGAUUGGGAGUCCCAUAGGGAGGCGCACAAUUGGCCCAGGGUCGUCCGGGUUUGGCAGUUGUAGGCCGUCAUUGUAAGUAAGAAUUUGUUCUUAACUGACUUGCCUAGUUAAAUAAAGGUUAAAUAAAAUACAACAUAAAUGCGGAUCAUGUGGUCUCAGCAUGACCAAUCCUUGAGAAAGAACCUGGACAAGACCAUCUGCAACAAAGAUGUGUACGAUACCUUCUUUGCCUUCAGAGACACUGUCUCCAGCUGGUUUAUGAUAAGAAUGGGCAAUCUAAAGACACUGCCUUAGUCCAAUACAACACAGAGGCUUCUGAAAGAGCCAUAACAAAAUUAAACGGAAUGCUCCUAGAAGAGAAAAAAAGUCUUCAUUGGACCUUUCAAAUCUCUUAACGAGCGAGAGGCUGGAACCAGGUCCAGUGCCAGGGCCAAAGACUUCACCAAUGUCUACAUUAAUAACUUUGGUCAGGAUGUCAAUGACUACAAGUUGAGACAGCUCUUUGGAUAUGGUCAAAUCAAAUCAAAUCACAUUUUAUUGGUCGCAUAGACGUAUUUGGUGAGUGUUUGCCAGAUGUGACUUAUAUGUCUUAAACGUUAUAGUAUCUUGGGUGUCUUGUGCGUUUAGUUGGUCCUUUUAUUGAGUUGCGGGUGAUUAUGUUUGUAUUACUUAUCUUCUGUGCAUCCUCAUGACUCUGAAAGUCUCAAGAUAAUGACCAAUGACAACAGGAAGUCCAAAGGGUUCGGUUUUGUCAACUUUGAGAGUCAUGAGGAUGCACAGACGAUAAGUGGUGCAAUCCCACUUUCUAGAUGCGAGUUAAAACUCAGUGUCUGUGAGUCCAGUGUCUAAUUGGAGUGUAUCUGACCACCUCAGGCUGUGGAUCAGAUGAAUGGCAUGGAGCUGAACGGGAAGCGGCUCUAUGUGGGUCGAGCCCAGAUGAAAGCGUCAGGCAGAACUGAAACAGACCAGACAUCAUGGAGUGAACCUCUAUAUAAAAUAUCUGGAAGAUAGCAUUGACGAUGAUAAGCUACAUAAGGAGUUCUCUCAUUUCGGGACUAUCACCAGUGCCAAGGUGAUGAUGACGGAGGGUGGCCAAAGUAAAGGCUUUGGCUUUGUGGGCCUCUCCUCCCCCCAAGGAGACCACCAAGGCUGUGGUGGAGAUGAACGGCUGCAUUGUGGCCACCAAGCCACUAUAUGUGGCCCCAGCCCAGAGCAAGCCACCGUGUGUUGAAUUCCUCACAAACCAAUACAAGAAGAGAAUGGCCCGCUACAUGGCUGAGACCAAGCCUAACCAAGUGAUCAUCUCCUACCAGCCUGCUGCUCCAACUGGGCACUUUAUGGCUGCCAUUCAG